CAGAAAAGGAGGUGCCCCUACAGAUUUGGUGAUGUUGUCACGUAUGAGGCUCCACCAAACCGUCACUUGUCCUUUGCUAUCUCGGUAAUAGAUGUCCCUUACUGGAGCCUUGGCUGUUUGACUCCAUACCGAGCAACCCUGUCGUGUCAAAUGGCAUCACCAGAAAGCUCCACCUGUCGAAGGGCGACCGCAGCCAAUGACGCCUCACCAUCUACCACGGCCCGGCGUGAUCCGGACACAGUCACAACACGUCAGUUAAAGAAAAGAGAGCUAGACAGAAAGGCCCAGAGGUUGGCUCGAGAGAGGACCAAGACUCGCAUCACUAGUCUCGAGAAGCUAGUAGCGGACCUCCAACAUAAGGACACCAGCGACCAGGUUAGAGCCUUGACUAAAUCUCUCCAAGCCGUCACCAAGGAGCGAGAUGUUGCCCUUGGCUUGUUGAGGAGUCUAGGAUCUUCGAUUAACCAACACUUGUCCCAAAGUCAGGAUGCUGUCACCUUUGACUCCACGACGAGCUCUUGCAAUCGCAAGUCACCAGAUACGACCAUGGACGAUGCAGAAACAGCACCAAUCCACAGCGUCACGAAUGACUUCAAUGCGCAUCCUAAUGAUGGGACUACCGGCAAUGGGGCCAUACAGGCGCAACAGGGCCCAAGGAAUCCAAUCUGCUCACUGCAACAUCCGGACGUUCCGGAAUUCAUAACUCUACCUACCGACGCUGUUGUUACUCUUUUGGACGAUCUCUUACCUGGCUUCCCCCCAGUUGACAACAUCCUCGAAACCAUCCCAGAUGAUGGAAAUGAUCCCAUUUCGCCAGCAUCGAUGCCUGGAUGCGGAUGCUACCCCCAGGAUCAACUAAGAGCCUCAUCCGACAGCCUGAAUCUAUGGAGGUUUGCCAACGAGGUGCUUUCUGCACCAAGUCAGCUAAAUAGAGACAGCGCCGACUUUGACGAGACAUGGCAAGAUGAUUUGCCAGUCCGCGCAGUGGUGGAAGGCUGGUCCGCAGCAGAAGCGAAAUUAGGCAGACUCCCUGCGCUGUGGCUCAAGCUUCGUCCCAUAGAUGAGGUUUUAUUCCAUGGUUGUGGCCAGGCGGAGAGAGUAGCCAUGCUUCGAAUAAUGCACGAUCUCUUAUUAUAUCACUUGGACCCAUCUACAGAACGGCGAGCGACAAUCCCUCCGUGGUAUCUGGAGAGACCAUCACAGGCGAUUUCACACUCAUAUGCCAUCAACUUCUUUGCCUGGCCGGGAAUUCGAGAGCGUUUUGUCUUCUAUCAACACAGUUAUUGUGGGAAUAUCUUCUGGCAGCUAUUUUCGCAAUCACUUCGUCUGCGUUGGCCAUAUGAGUUCCGCGAUACCUACUCUAUGAACACUGAAACUGGACAAUUCGUCAUGUCCGACGCCUUCAAACAACGGAUCAAAGACAUUAACGUGUGGGCUAUGAAAAGCCAGAUGUUUGAUCAGUGGCCCGAGUUCUACUGCGACAUUCCCGCCUUUGAUAGCCUCCCGAUGUCCUUGGGCUUCAAACCCUUACCUCCGGCCGAUGACAAUACCGAUCAGCCAGCUACAGAUGGCCGGAACGUCGAAAUUGAAACCCACCAAAAACCUGCCAAAUCGACUGCUGUGUCAACUUGACGACUUGAGAUUCGAGGAACUCUUCGCAAAUAUUGAGUCGUGGAUACGAUGGGUCGUUGGAUCAUAUCGCUCGGAUGAAUGAAGUAAACGAUGGAUGUAUUAAUUAUAACUUUAUGGCGGGCUAUGAAUUUCCAAGCCUUUGUACAAUACAAU